CGGGACGGGUCUCUAACCCCUUGAUGCCAGCGGCCGGCGGGGCUUCCACAUCCUCCCCCAGACCGCGCGAGCUAAUCUGCCCCAGGCGUCGGGGCUCUGCUCGGCUCCCACCGCCCCCUCUCCCGGGCGUCCCCUGCGCGUUCAGGAGGGAGCGCAGCCGGGCAGGUGCGAGCACGCGCCCUGGGGAGGCGGGCUCUGACCUGACGCAACCAUUCCUUCCCCGCAGCAGCUCCCCGAAGGAUACUGCCGUGUUAUUGACAUGAUUUCACACACGGAGGCCUCACAGGUCGUACAGCUAGUAAGAGAGGUGUGGGUUGAAUUGCACUCCUCAAGAGGUUCGUUCAAGUCCUGACUCCCUGCCCGUGAAUGCGACCUUUUUCAGAAACAGGGUCUUUACAGAUGAUUAAGUUAGGUGAGGUCAUUAGAUGGGCCUUAAUCCAAUGACUGGUGUCCUCAUAAGAGAAAACAGACAGGUGGGCACACAGGGAGAAGGCCACGUUAAGAUGGACCCUGGGACAGGAGUGAUGCUGACACAAGCCAAAGAACACCAGGGACUGCCAGCCACCACCAGAAGCUAGGAAGAGGCAAGGCAAGAUUCUUCCCAAGAGCCUGCAGGAGGAGUGUGGCCCUGCAUACUCCUUGCUUUCAUGCUUCCGGCCACCAGAACUGUGAGAGUAAGUCUGUAUUGUUUUGUGGUACUUUAACCCGCGGCCUGAAGGAACCAGCACUUGGGGGCCUGGCGGUCCAGCUCCAAGCAGCAUUGCCACCUGGAGAUAAACAAGAGCUCGUCCUGAGAGCAAAAGCAUCCGGACUGAAUGGAAGUCAGCGUCAGAAAAGGUCCCCUUUCUGUCCCGAAAGUUGUCAAGUGCAUGAGGAUGAAGCAGGCCCCAGAACUGCUGGGCAGUGGCAACGGGAAGGCCGCCAGCUGCGACGUGAACCGCGAGUGCUCCGUGUUCCUGGGCAAAGCCCACCUCUCUGCCAGCCUGCAGGACGGGGUCAUGCACAAGUUCAACGGCCACGAGGCACUGCCCUUUCUUCCCGCGGAGAAGCUGAAAGACCUCACUUCCCGCGUGUUUAAUGGGGAACCUGGUGCUCAUGAUGCCAAACUGCGUUUUGAGUCCCAGGAGGUGAAGGGGGGGAUUGGGACACCACCGAACGCCACCCCUGUCAAAAAUGGCUCUCCGGAGAUUAAGCUGAAAAUCACCAAAACGUACAUGAAUGGGAAACCUCUCUUCGAAUCUUCCAUUUGUGGCGACGGUGCUGCUGCUGUGUCCCAGUUGGAAGAAAAUGGACAAAAAGCAGAAAGCAAGGCGAGGAGGAACAGGAAGAGGAGCAUAAGAUAUGACUCGUUGCUGGAGCAGGGCCUUGUCGAAGCAGCUCUGGUGGCUAGGACCCCGAGUCCCACAGAGAGAAAGAUUCCAGCUAAGAAGGAGCCCCGUCCAAGUACCGGCCGAGACCAAGACCACCUGUUGAAAUACAAUGUUGGCGAUCUGGUGUGGUCCAAAGUGUCCGGUUACCCCUGGUGGCCAUGCAUGGUUUCUGCCGACCCCCUCCUUCACAGCUAUACCAAACUCAAAGGUCAGAAAAAGAGUGCACGCCAGUAUCACGUACAGUUCUUUGGUGAUGCCCCAGAGAGAGCUUGGAUAUUUGAGAAGAGCCUUGUAGCUUUUGAAGGAGAAGGACAGUUUGAAAAAUUAUGCCAGGAAAGUGCCAAGCAGGCACCCACGAAAGCUGAGAAAAUUAAGCUGUUGAAACCUAUUUCAGGGAAAUUGAGGGCCCAGUGGGAAAUGGGCAUCGUUCAAGCAGAAGAAGCUGCAAGCAUGUCAGUAGAGGAGCGGAGAGCCAAGUUCACGUUCCUCUACGUGGGGGACCAGCUCCAUCUGAACCCUCACGCCGCUAAGGGGGCCGGCAUUGCUGUGCAGGCUCUGGGAGCUGCGGCGGGGCCCUCGGGGCGCACUGAAGAAGCUGCCGAGAACCACAAGUCCCUGAGAGAAGGGGACAUGCCUGUCAAGAGAAGGCGGAGAGCCAAGAUGUCUCGCUCUGCCGAGAGCCAAGAGAGUGACCCGGUGAUAGUGAAGACGACACCUCAGAAGCGGGCGGAGGCCGACCCCAAGAGAGGAGUGGGGUCUCCUCCCGGGAGGAAGAAGGCUGCGACCUCUACCCCACGGAGCAGGAAGGGGGAUGCGGCGUCCCAGUUCCUGGUCUUCUGUCAGAAGCACAGGGACGAGGUCGUGGCCGAGCACCCAGAUGCCUCCGGCGAGGAGAUUGAAGAGCUGCUGGGAUCCCAGUGGGACAUGCUCAGCGAGAAGCAGAAGGCGCGCUACCACACCAAGUUCGCCCCCGUGGCCUCCGCCCAGCCUGAGGAAGACUCGGGUUCAUCACUGAAGAGCUUUGGAGAGGCCAAACGUAAAGUGUUUCAAGACUCACCUGGAAGGAGACCGAGGCCCGGAAGUAACUUAAAUGGGAAAAAAAGAACCCACACAAAGAGGACACAGGAUCCCACUGAAGAUGCUGAAGUUGAGGACACGCCCAGAAAAAGGCUCAGGACUGACAAGCAUGGUCUUUGGAAGAGAGAGACGACCUCUGACAAAACAGCCCGGACAAGCUUUUGCAAGGCCAUGGAGGCAGCCUCCACGCUGAAGACCCAGGCAGCAACGAAACAUCUGUCUGACGCGUGCAAACCACUGAAGAAGCGAAGCCGGGCUUCUGCAGCAGCGUCCUCAGCUCUUGCGUUUAGCAAGAGUUCAUCUCCUUCUGCAUCCUUAACUGAGAAUGAGCGUUUAUGGGAGCCACAUCAGUCAAGUUGGAUUUGAACCCAGCUGCCCUGUACUGCACUUAAAAUGCUGUACUAUUCCAGGAUGUCUGCUGCAGGUGGUGCAUCAUCGUACACACCAAGUGACAUUCCUGUCACAGCCAUUUUAUGGAAGAUGUGUGAUAAUCCUUUUAUUGGUAUAAUAAACACAUGCCAUGAAGAAAACAGAUAACAAAUUUUAAGACCAAGGUAAGAUACCCGAUCAAGGCCAUUGACCAAUGACACUCAUCUCAUGAUAGAAACACGCUCGUAUUCCUGUGAUCAGGGUAGAAUCACGUGGGAACGAUGCCCAUCGGUCAGGACUGUCCUGGACUGCGACAAGGACACGGCACUGAAGGGGCUCAUCUUGUUAGGGAUCGUUUUUCUCCUCCAGUUCACAACUAACUGAAUUUUUAUUGAAAAAUGUGAGCAUCUAUACCUUCAAAAACAAAGAACAAACAGCACACAUUAAGAGGGGUCCUUCUCAGCUCUGCUCAUUGCCAGUGGAAUGUAUUCUGUACUGUAGAUACUCAACUGUUUCCAACAUUAAAAGGCAGGAAUAGUUUUGAUUCUGUCAUUUUUACUAAGCAGUUUUACUAGGACACUAGACAGAGUAAAUUUGUAGGAACAAACUACCAUUUGCAGAGUCUUUGGGAUCCAUUUAACUCUGGAUUCAGUGGCCGCUGUGCAGGGGACAGCAUAGUCAGGUUAUUGCAUUGCUCAUAUCACCAGUUGCUUUUGUAGAACAUCAGCCAUCUAUUAAGUGUCUCAGUCUCGGGGACCACCAAUGUCAUGCCCCCGUCCCGCAUGUUUGCAUGGUGAGGAUGGGCCUCGCGGGCCCUUCCGUUCCCAGAGGCAGGGGCAUUGCUGCUCACGUUACCGACAGGAGCAGUUGGGCCAUCCCUAGCAGGCCCUUCCGCUGAGUGUUACCUUUCAUGCAAGUUUCUGACUAAUACUUGUGUUCUAAGCCAUUAAGUAAUGUGAUGCGUGUAAAAGACGUAGGGUGCCUGGAGCUUGGCCAGGACUCAGUGGUUCACUAUUGUGACAGUAAUGGUUAUAACAAUAAAGUAAUAAAAUCACCAUCAUUCCAUUUUUAUCCAAAAGUAUAAAUUUUGUUUGGCAUGAAAAGCUACCUACCCUCUUGACUACAUCCUGCACAUGAGGAUAGAACAGACACUGGGUUUGCUUGAGUGACACCCCGGUAUUGGGCUGGCUAAGGGCUGGGAUAUGUGGCUGGCUAAGCUGUGCUCUUCCUAAAGGAUAUGAAAAAGCUCGGGAGUAAUGUAGGAUUCUGAAAAGGCAAGUCACUAAGUUUAAAAGUGUAAAAAAAAAAAAAAGGUGGUAUAAAAAUGGCCCCAGUUCAAGAAAGAUCCCCGAAAGUAAAGCUUGCCAGAAAGGCCUCUGGCAAGAGUUACGAGGCUUCAUUAGAAAUUAUAGUGAGGUGAAUUCUGGGUGGUGGCCAGCCAGCUACCAGUAUGUGACAGGUGCAUGGGGAGCCAGCCACCAAAUGGUGCUUUCCUCUGUGACCAGGGAGGAAAGGUCUCUCAGCAUGUCUCAAUGGUGUGUCCACAGAACAGCAUAAACUUAGCAUCAGCUGAGCACACGGGUCCGUGGGGAGACAAGGAUGGGGUUAUGCAGUGUUUCUCAAAUUGGGGAGGCAGUGUCCCCCUGGGGACAUUGGGAAGGUGGCCAGGCAGGCACAGGCAGGUGUAGUCAGCAUUGUGCAGUGAGGGGCAGUCCUGGACAGGGCACACUGUCCCACUCCAAAUGCCAGUGGUGGCCCCGCUGAGGGAUCCCCAUGGCUUACCUUAGGGGGUGAGUGGGAAGGGCUCCUGUUCUGAGCGACUCGGGAUGAGUACCAAUGUGUCUGCACGAGUCUCAAAGAUCAUUACGCUACUGAUUUCGUGUGGACUGUCUUCGUGUCCUAAAGAAGUCACGACAGUGGGGAUGCGGAUGCACCCUCAUCCCGAGUCAUUUGAACUGCCUGUCGUUGAGGUGAAUUUUGCUUACGCUCCACAGAAGCAUUGUGGCGAGGCUACCUUCCACACACCUCACGUGUGCCUGGUGAGGGCAGGGUAGCCACGAGAGGCUAGAGAGCAAAACGGGCGUUUGCAGGAGGUGGGAACGUCUGAGUACGCAGAAGUUUAGGUCGCAGCUGUUCUGAAAACGAGAGCAGCACCCUGCGUGCAUAUGCGCCUGCGCAGUGGGGUUCCUGCCCCACCUGCGCGAACAGACACCCAUCUGCCCUGUGCGCGUUUUUUUUUUUCAGCUGAUGCAGAACUUCAGUGUCUGCAGGGGGGACAAACUUCGGUGCAGCUUCAUGUCAGUGGUCUUUGUAGUAUGUCUGUGAUGUCUGCAUCUCCCAACUGAAAAUAACUCCAGUGUCAAAGGGGAUGUUCCUUAAAACCAACAAGGAAGUUUCACAAGGAAGCGAUUUCGGGGACCUCAGGCAGGGGGGCGCCCUGCGUGGCAUGUGGGAUCCUGUCCAUCCAUCAUCCAGGGGCGGGUAGCCUGCUUCUUAGGUGAUGUCUGUGAGGUGCCCCAGCUUUAGAUGUGCCUGAUUCUGUGGUUUUCGUAGGAAGCUUACAUUUAGGUUUAAAUGGAGUGCCCAGGAUGGCCAUUUCCAGAGGUGUAUGGGGUUGGGGACACUUGACAGCUGAGUACAGCAGAGGAGAGGACGGAGGAAACUGACAUCAACUUGAGGAACAAGGUUGAUGCCCCAGGAACAGGGUCUCUGGCCCUGACCCACUUCCCCAAGAUUUGUGACCACAGGUGUGUGACAAUGGCCAGGCUUGAGGGCAGUGCAGAGCCAAUGUUAGCCCGAUGGCAGGCAACUCAUACCUACCGAGAGUCUCGUAGAAAUGUGCUAAGAAGACAAGUGAGAUUGGAAUUGGCAUCUACUUCCAGAACCCAAAGAAGUGCCCUGUGUGGGCUUAAAACAGUGAUUUAAAAAUGUCCUUGAGUGUUGACCCAAAGCCUAAUGUGAGUGGGGGCUGGGCCUGUGUGGUCAUCGUUGUGCUGUUCACCACAUCAGCAGUGGUCUCAGCGUUUUUACCUGGACAGUCCUCCAUCCGUCAGGUCACAUUCAGCAGGAGGAGGGGACCUCGGGGGCUGUUUGUGUACGACAAGGCCUGUUGCCGCUGGCUCCCCUGUGCAGAGGGACCGUGGCUGGAAGGAAGACAGGCUCGCUAUAACUCGGGCAAGUUUAUCUGAUUUCUUUUUCAUUUGAUUUCAAAGUUAACAGGCUUGUGAAACAUAUCUAGCCUCUUAAUAUUAGCUCCUUUUUAAGGUUCUUCUGGCCAAGCAGAGGUUUAUGCAUGGAAUGGCUGACAGCCCUUUUGACUUGGUGUGAAACUGUAGCAUUUUAUGUUUUUAAAAUCAGGAAUUUCAUCACUUGUUUUAAAAAUCUAUAAACAGAAAAGUAAUUGCUGAGGACUGCUGUUUACCUUUCUGAUUGUGAACCUAAAUUAGUCUUGCUGAAAGAAUUAAAAUGUCACUGUCUUGUUAGAAGACAUUUCUCAAAAUGCUGUCAGAUCGGUUGCUACUGGCUUUCUAUUGGCUUUCAAAGUUGAGUUUGGCUUUUUGAAGAAAUAUGCUGACUCCUCUCUAUAUUGUAGGGUUUUGGGUCAGUAAAAGUGGUUUUGAUCCCUUAAGUACUGUUUGUGCUGUUUUCCCUAGAAUAUUAGAAAUUACCACUGGUUUACUUGCCAGUGAUGGGAAACUGACUGUCCUUCGCACUAGAAAAUGAGGUGUGUUGUAUCCAUCAUGUUCCUUGUGCUGUCUGGGGAGGGGCAUGCUCCCUUUGGGGCAUUGUCACCACCGGUGUCCCUCCAGCAGUGCUCAGUGUCACUUUAAGAACACCCCAUCUUGUUAGAUGUCUUUGUAACUAGCUGGUUACACGUUAUACCCACGUGUAUAAUUUUUUCUGGCAUACAUGUAGUUGCUGGGUUUUUGCAUAUAACUUUUAAGCAUAUAUUUUGAAGGGUGCUAACCAUUCAGGCAUACUGUAUCUUCCAGAAAUGACUGAGGUGGCAGUGGGGGUGGCCCGGCCCAGCGACGGGGUCUGCUGAGCCUCAUGCUAACAGAAGCUGCAGAAGCAGCGACUGUAUGUGCAUCGUCGUUGUCUCCAGGUCCGCUCUCGCCAGCCCACUCUAUGGGAAGGCCACGGCUGAGGACACAGUUGGGACACAGUUGGGUUGGUAGGAUCAUUUUAGAGACUCGCUCUGCCUGUGACGAGGGCUGGCUGUGACUCCGGAGCGGCAGCGUAUGGCCUACUCUGCACCGGGCCACCUUGGCUCUCGCGGGCACCUGCUGGGGCUCUGGGGCCACCCAGAAGCACCUGGCGUAGGAGGCUGUGAGCCCAGUGCCAGCUCAGGUGUGUGAGCUGGACGUUUGUUCUCAUGACAGACCCAGACCUGGAGUUCAGGGGCAGCCAGGAAGGUUCUAGUCUAUGUCACCUAGUAGGGCUGCUUUAAUAAAAAUUAGAAACCGUAUUAUCUUAGGUGAUGAAUGACUCAUUUAAAAAUUAUUUGAAACCCACUCGAAUAUUUCACUGUGAUAUUUACUUGGAAGACCUGUCGAGACCAGUCUUGAUUUUAAGUUGAUUAAAUCCGCUGAGCACAGGAUUCUUACCUUCUGUAAACCCAAAACACCAUGUGAAAGUCUUCUAAUUAUCGAGCUAUUUCUUUACAAAAGCGUAACUGAAGCAUGAAAAUGUUGGUUUAUAGAAAUAUUUAUUGUUCAAGGUCUGUAUUUGUAUUUCAAAACUGAUGUAGUAUUCAACUUGUGAAGGGAUUUGUUUUGUCAAAAAAUUAAAAUUUCACUGUGUCACCCCACCCGAGGUGGCCUAGGGGACUGCUUUCCAGUCACAGCAGGGAGGACCUGCCUGGGAUUCGCAUGUCGCCCCUCAUGGCCGCAUCGUUUCUAGAAGUUGGUUCAAGUAUGUUCACCAGGUUACAUUGUGUUCGUGACUGCCAUCUUGCAAACCCCCGUCACGUGUGCUAAGGACGCUGCUUUCCCGUGGAGGAAUGUGUUUCUGAGGCAAAUAGGCGAGUUGAUACUGUCACACUGAGUAGAGAGCAGAGAAAGUGUUUUCAGACACAAGAAAACAUUGAGAAGUCAGGAACUAAGCUGCCUGGGCGCAGCUGUGGUGGAUUCGGGAAGCACCGGGCAAGUUGUGAGCGUCUGUGUCCGCUCAGUCACUCCGCUUUUCUUUUCCAAACGAACCCUAUUGGAUAUGGAAUAGACCGUAGAUGUCGUAGACUGAGAUGUGGGACUGUGUUGGGACCGUACAGGUGACUGUGUGCCUUUCACAAUCUCAUCUCCGAGUAAGUACGGUCACUGGGUGCCCGUGGAGGUGGGGCCGCAGCUGGGGGGGCGGGGGGCGGGGGGCUUGGUGAGCAGAGAGCAGCCGCCUGCCCUCCUUGUCUGUUGAGUUGCUGGGGGUUGAGGGGAGCGGGGAGGAAGGGUGGGUCUGCACUGUGUCUGCAAUGGAUGUACUGUUGUAAGGUCUGUACUCUGUAUGUGUGCCUCAGGGCCCGACCAGGAAACGAGCCUUCUGUGUGUCUUUAACAUUUAUAUUUCCACUCAGAAUGUGUACUCAGUGUUUAUUUCCACAAAACAAACUUUGUUAACUUAGGAAAUAUCGCCAAGUGGAAACGUGCUAACUUUUUCUGUAAAUCUUAAAUAAAAGGUGCUGUUCCUUCCUUUGA